AUUCGUAAUAAGUUGGUGUAGUUUUUGAACGCUGUCAUUGACAUUUCCUUGAACAACUUAAAAUUUUGACAUUUUAUGAAAAUGGAAAAAACACAGUAAUAGAGCGAUAUUAAAGCAGCGCGCGUUAUAUAUAGAGCACACAUACAUACUUUUAUCAAGUCUGAUAGUAUAACGAUAAUUAAUAACACAUGUCAUACUGUGCAUCUCAUUGUAGAAAACUUCUGAUGGAUAGUAAUUGAUGUAAAUGAAAAUAUGAUGAAUCCUGAGGCCACAAUGACAAACGAGAAUAUAUUUAAAUUACAGUGUUUAAUUAAAACUACAGAAAUACAGCAUAGUGUGCAAUGCAAACUUGAAAGAAAAUUAUUUUUUGCACUAGCAACCAACAACGCUGAAAUUAUUCUUUAUUUUAAAAAAGACUCCUCGUGCCUACCUGUCGUUAAAAGGAUACCUUGGUUUCAAGGGCUACAUAAACAAAUCGCUGCUUUUUGCUUCGAUUCAGGCGGCACUUGGUUAUUGUGUGUAACUUUAGAUGGUUCGUUGUAUGUACUGCCCGCUUUAAUUUUAGUCGGUGAACAUUGCAUCGUUGACAAGAGAUGGAAGACUGACGAUGCAACGUAUAUUCCUUUUGUAAAUUCUCAACUUUCUCAUUUUAGGCCAAUAGCUAUUACAUGGUGGAAGGAUACGAAAAUGUCUAUGGACAUAGGUAUCAUAGGAACGGAAUGUGGUGCAAUUAUAUUUAUAAAUCUUUCGAGUGGUCAACAGCUAGGCGUAACAUAUAUUAACGAGAGUAUAAGCAGUCUACAUAUUUGUCAAAAUGAAUACAAUGAGAUUGAAUCUCUUUUGAUAACGAGUAAAUUUCAGCAACAAUGGCGUUUGCCUUUGAAUCACAUGUCUUUCAAUGUUUUACACAAUUGUGAAAACAAAGUAUUUUAUAACGAAUUAAACCCAAAUAGUAGCAUUCAUGACAAUAAUGUGGAAGAUUCCGUUCCUAAUAAAUCGAAACUAAAAGAACUCAAACAACUUUCUGUUGAAAAACUGACUAUUCUUAAGCAAAAGUUAAUCGAUACCAAAAAUCAAACUUUGGGAGAAAGUUUACAAUGCCACGAUGCUGCAAGUAUCAAAGAAUGUGAUAAUGGAAUUCCUGCUAAUGUCCUGGAAAUAUCGGAACCUAAAUUAGGUUUUGUCAAGCCAGAACCAAUUUCAAAAGACACUUUCCUAUCUUUGCAAUAUGAUAGAGAAUACCGACAAUUAUACACAUGCUAUCAUCCUGUCACUAAUUACAUUACAGUACACGGUCCAAAUCUAACUGUGGUACCCUUGUCGAUGCACAAAGUAUUUGAAUCGUGUAAAACUAUUGUAUUAGCGCACAGAUUAUUUUUUAUUACCGAUGUUAAUCAACGUUUAAUAUAUAUAAUGUCUGAUCAAUUGUCUGAAGCUCACGUAAACAAAGACUAUCAUUUUAAUCCAGAGUCUAUUAUCGGAAUGUUUUCUUUUAAAAGCAGUAGAGAAGUGAUACGUGCGGUAUACAAAAUAACGAAUUUCGAUAAUACAGUACCGAGAAAAAUCUCUGAGGAAAUCGAGAGUAGAUAUACUUUACCAAAGAAUGUUAAGGAUAUUAAAAUUGAACCACUUAGUUUGGACACAUGUAUAAUUGUGACGAACCGUUGUGUGUACGAAGUUGUUUUGAGAAAAUCUCUUGUAUCGAUGUUUAUGGAAUUAAUAUUGAAGAAAAACGAGUUGCAAAAAGCAGGAAAAUUAGCAAUGGUUUUUGGACUGAAUGGACAACGUCUGUUGGAAUAUGUGGGCGAUAUAUUUCUAUCGAAUAAAGAAUUCUCACGCGCGGUAGCUUCGUACAAAAUAUCAAAGUGUAAGCUAUUGAAGAGCGUGUUAAAGUUUGCAUCGGUCGGCCAUACCUCAGAAUUAUUAAGUUGUCUAACACAUUGUUUACUGACACCCGUCAUUACUGAAAUGCCUAUCGCAACGAGAAUACAUUUAUCUAAUUUGUGUGUACUUUCCUUUAUUGAAAUGACCCUGAGGGUUUGGUCGGAACAAUCUAAAGUAAUCUAUAAGGAAUUCUUGUACUUUUUAUCCACCAAUACAUUUUAUGACGAAUUAUUAGCUAUUAAUAUAGCUGGUCAAACUUACCUCUGGGAGGUAUUACACCACUUGGCUACACAAAGGAGUAUGUAUAGUCAAAUGUUGGAUAUACUGAUAAAAACGAUACAAGUAUUUGGUACAAACGACAUUCAUCCAAAAUCAUAUGGUUUACUCAUAUGUUUAAGUGAAUCUGAUUUAAUGCAGUCGAUGUUAUUGAAUUACGAUUUAGCUAGAUCUCACAUAUCAUUUGUGCGCAAUAACUUGCGAGAUUCUCAGAUCUUCGUGCUUCAGAGAUUAGUAACAUUGUACGAUCCAACAAAUCCAAUAUUACGACCAAAAUUAGUACAAUGUAAAGCACGUCAUAAAAUGAUGUCGUACAAUUUACGAUCUAAUCAAUGUGAUUCCAUGGAUUCUACGGAUGAUGAUACUCAAUCUGAUACCCUCAUGGAAGAGAUAAUAGAAACGUUUAUACUAGUUUUAUUGACUCUUAUUCAUAAGAAACGAGUAUUAAACCCAAAUUCCAGAUUCACUUUUUUGUACGACGUACAAUUGCCGGAGGAAUACUCGGAAGUGACUCUGAAUGUUGAUUUUAAGAGAAGAUUGUUAAGCACUGGAUUUUCUCACGUUGCGCUUGUUAGAAAUGAUAAUAUCUAUACCUGGGGAAGUUCGGUGCAGGGUUGUUUAGGUACUGGCUCUAGCGUUUUGCGUUACGGAGCACCUCACGCCGUAUGCUUCUUCAAAAGUAUGAAGAUUCAAGUUUUCAGUGUAUCGUGUGGACAUUGCCAUACCCUGGCGGUAACCAAUAAUGGAAUCUACGCUUGGGGAGCUAGUCAAUUUGGCCAGUUAGGCCUCGGCAAGGUGCUGCAAUGUUCGAAUCCGGAAUUGGUUACUUCGCUGGCGCAAGAAUCGAUUGUCGAUGCGGUAGCUGGACAGUAUCAUUCGGUAGCACUAACCGCGGAUGGCAGAAUAUUUACGUGGGGUUGGGGUGUUCACGGCCAGCUAGGCCACGGUAAUACCGAUGAAAAGACUACACCGUCUUUGGUCAAAGCUCUUCUCGGUGUAGUCGUGUGUCACAUCAGUGCUGGAUACGCGCACACUCUGGCAUUGUCGGUCGACGGUGUUGUGUAUGCCUUCGGAUGUAACGUUCUUGGUCAAUUGGGAACGGGCGAUAAUGUCAAGAGUUCCGUCCCGACAAAGGUGUCGUUACCCGAGGAAAUAACGCUUAUAAGUACCGGAUACUUUCAUAAUCUAGCUGUCAGUAACGCAAACCGAUUAUACAUAUGGGGUGCGAGUCCUCAAGUUCUCAGAUUGCAAGCACAAGCGCAAAAGAAGACUCGUAUACUGGAGCAACAAGAUGCUAAUGAGAAAAAGAGUAAGGCUGUGGAUAAGGGGGAAAAGGGUGCACCAAGUGGUGCUGCAAAUUUAAACGAAGAAACAAAGGAAGAGUCUUUGAAACAUGAUGGUGUACAGAGCGAAUCCGCGCAAACGGAAACGAUCACUUCUGAUAUAGAAACGCAAACCAGACCCGAAACCGAAAACGCACAUUUCAAAAAUUUAAAUUUUGAUUUGAUCGAAGAGAAUCAAGCACAUUUAAAGCCAUGUGUCGUCGAUACGAGUUUGGUAAAAGGACAAAUUAAUCAGAUAUCAGCUGGCUGUCAUCAUAAUGCGUUGAUAACGAAAGAUGGUUCUUUGUAUACGUGGGGCCGCAAUUUGGAUGGUCAGAUAGGUAAUGGCACGCGACGAGAAGUGCCAAUUCCGACGCCUUUGUAUUAUAAUUCAGCCUGUAUUUUUGCACAAAUACCUCCUAGACACAAUGAUUUUAAAAGAAUGCAGAAUCAACAGGACUCGGACACUGGCGCCAAGUCCAAUGAUUCGCUGGAAAAUAACGGAAAUGUGCCUGAGACUAAUGGAAAUUCAUCGAUGCAUGCUGGGACAGGAAAUGCUGGCUCGAAUAAAGAGAGAGUUAAUCCUAUAAUUAAUGCUGUUGGCAUUGCUUGUGGAUAUGAUUACACGGUCGCGAUACAACCAGGAGGUAUGGUAUUAGCUUGGGGUAAUAACAGCAGAGCGCAAUUAGGUCGCAUUCCUGCGAAAGAGGCACGCGAUGCCGACGAUAAACUCGUAUUGCUGAAAUCGUCAAAGCGAAUAGUACGACUGCCUAAUGCGUUGCAUAUAGCUUUGGACGUUCCUAGUCAAGUACCUGGUAUUUCUUCCCCAGUGAUAUCUUAUCGAUCUAACGACACGUUUCCUCUCGCCGGAUUUGUUCGUCCUUUGAGCGUUAUCGAAAAAUCACCUGGGGAGUUGACGCUUCAUUAUGUUCUACAACAUUUCUACAGUUUAUAUAACUCCACUAAUAUUAUAGAAAAGUGCAUCGAAUUGGAAAACUAUCAAGCUUGUUCUAAAAUAGCAGCGUUAGAAAAUAAUGUUCCAGCUGCUUUCACCUAUCAAUUAACAAUGUUACAUAAAUUGAGCCUUCAGUCGUCCAAACAUUACUCAAUGUCGGAAAUUCCAUAUAAAAGAACAGAAUCCAUCAUUGAGAUCAAUUCAAAAAAUGUAAAUUCCAUCUCGUCGUCUCGAAAUAUAAAGAAGAACACUGAAUUAUUCAAUAGACAAGCGGAGAAGAAUCUUAUGGAAUCCUUGGAAAACAGCGUCGCUCGAAGCUGGUCGAAAAUUUCUACGAGUAGAUCGUUGAAUAAUUUGCAAACACUCGCACAAGAAUUAUACACUUUCGAUUGUCAAGGUGGUUCGGAAGAAUUAUACGGAGCUCGAAAAAAAAAUGACGAUUCCUCGCGAAACGUUAACGCAGAUCAUUCCGACCCUGAAUACAACGCUAACGAAGACGAACAGCAGGAAUGGCUCGAACAUCUUAUUUUUAAUGAGAACGAUUCGCUGCUGCAACGUAGGAACGCCACUCGUAACUCUGCGCAAAAUUCAACUCGAUCGAUCUGCACAAAAACAAUGCUGAUUGUCGAUGAAAAUCAGUACGACAUAAAUCAGGAGAAGACCAUGCUCUCGGACAAAGCGUCCUCACAUUUUCAUCAAAGAAAUUACGUGAUCAAUGAAACCAUAAGAGCGUUAAAGUUUUAUCUGCUAAGUAUCGAUAACGAAGCAAAUACCGUGAAAUAUGAAAUACUGCAAAGUGCAAUUGGUUUUUGGAUCGAGCACAAUUUCCCGAUACAAAGUUUGGAGAAUAUUUUUCUCGAACAUAUACAUAUCGUUUAUUAUCCUCUUGGAUUAUUACUGUUUUGCCAGGAUGCAAUAGGAAGAUACUUGAAUGUAAGCAAGUACGAUGAUGAAGGAAAAGAUUGGUGCGCGAACAAUUUGUUCUCAUCCAAAUUCUGUCUUAGAAUACUGUCAAUGUUAAUGCAGCAUAUAGACGAAGAUGGCAUUAUGUCGGAAUAUGUUAAAAUUUUCUCCUCUUUAAUGGCGGAUAAUUACGGAGCACCUUUAAACGGAUAUCCAGAUGCAAGGAGAGAUAAUAAUCCGGAACAAAUGAUGGAAGGAAUCGUCAGUACGAUAUUUUCUGAAAUGGAAGAUUCUAGAUUAUUUGCACACAUUAAGGACUGUGAUGCUAUAAAUCAUUUGCUUACAACGGAAGAGGAUACUAUGAUAUUUACUUGCGGCCACUACUUUCCAACAUCCCUGUAUAAAGCAGAUAUUAUCCCGACGAUGGAAACUGAAUUGUUAACAUCUCCAUCGUUGAUACUUCCAUGUACAUCGCAAUAUUUAGAAAAUAUGUUAUCACACACAUCUGAACCAGAGAUCCUGUGUCCUUUGUGUAUAAUCCGAGUAUUACGGGCAACAACAAAGGAUUGCGAGUAAAGGUACGUUGAUCUUUUCGAUAUGUCCAGAUAUAACUCAAUUAAACUCAAUUUGUAAAUAUAUGAAAUUUUAAUAUAUAUAUAUAUAUAUAUAUAUAUAUAUAUAUAUAUAUAUAUAUGUAUGUAUGUAUAUGUAUGUAUGUAUGAUGUACACACAUACACGUGCGCACUUGCGCACACACGUUUGAAUAUAAUAAUUAUAUGAUAAAUAAGAUACAUCUAUCAUUAGAUAACAUUAUAAUUAACAAUCAGGACUGUUAUCCGUCUCUAAUGUUUUCUUCGUUUAUUCCGCAUACCUGUACGCGCGCCCUUUCUCAUCCCGGAAACUAUACUCUGGAAUUUGCCCGCGUUUUUCUUCUUUUUUCUAUAAAGUGCAAAUGUUUACUUUAUUAAUAUAUCAAUAAAUAAAAAAUAAUAUAUACGACACAACUAAAAA